CCCCUCUGCGCUCGGAGUGGCCCAGUGUGGGGCCCCGCCCGGCCGCCGGCCGUCAUGGCGUCUCCGCUCCGACUGCGCUCCGCGCUGGCCCUGGUCACAGGUGCGGGCGGCGGCAUCGGCCGCGCCGUCAGCGUGCGCCUCGCCGCCGAGGGGGCCGCGGUAGCCGCUUGCGACCUGGACGGGGCAGCGGCGCGGGAGACGGUGCAGCUGCUGGGAGGGCCGGGGAGCAAGGAGGGGGCGCCCCGCGGAGCCCACGCCGCCUUCCAGGCUGAUGUGUCCGCGGCAGGGGCCGCCAGGCGCCUGCUGGAGCAAGUGCAGGCCUGCUUUUCUCGCCCGCCGUCUGUCGUUGUGUCCUGUGCGGGCAUCACCAGGGAUGAAUUUCUACUUCACAUGUCUGAGGACAACUGGGACAGAGUCAUAGCUGUCAACCUCAAGGGCAUCUUUCUAGUCACUCAGGCUGCAGCCCAAGCCCUGGUGUCCAGCGGCUGUCCUGGCUCCAUCAUCAACAUCAGCAGCAUCAUAGGCAAGGUGGGGAACAUGGGACAGACAAACUAUGCAGCAUCCAAGGCUGGAGUGAUUGGGCUGACCCAGUCUGCAGCCCGGGAACUUGGACGGUUGGUCAGACAGCUGGGGGCAUGUGAAAAAUCAGGAGGAAGGGGUCAGUGUUCAGUCCUCUCUGGAGUCAGCAGACACUCUCCUUUCCACAGACACAGGAUCCGCUGUAACAGCGUCCUCCCAGGGUUCAUUAGAACACCCAUGACCCAGAAAGUGCCACAGAAAGUGCUGGACAAGGUGACUGGAAUGAUCCCAAUGGCACAUAUGGGGAACCCUGAGGAUGUGGCAGAUGUCGUCGCAUUCUUGGCAUCUGAAGACAGUGGAUACAUCACAGGGGCAUCAGUGGAAGUCACUGGAGGUCUUUUCAUGUAACUGCCUCAAGGACCCUGGACUCUGCUCACUCCCCCACUGCUCUGCUGGCCUCCUGCUGAUGAGGACUCGGAGUUCCCAGGCUACAAAAGGGGUGGCUGUGUAUGGCUCAGGAAUGCUCAAUAUGGGAGGCAGGGGUGCUUGUGACCCUAAUAAAUUCCAAAACCUCUUCCCUGCCA